ACAAAAAGUUCAAGACUUGCUGAGAAAAUGUCUGGAUUCAGGUCUGAAGGGAGAUACAAGAGGAAGAGGCCUCUGAGUCCAUCUGCCCACAUCAACCUCACAGUCAAAGCUCAGGAUGGUGAAGAAGUUAUAUAUAGGAUUAAGAGAAACACUCCAUUGCUGAAGCUCAUGACUACUUUUUGUUAUAAAAAGUAUCUUGACAUCGAUUCCACUGUUUUUCUAUGUGAUGGCCGUGUCAUUAAAGGGAAGCAAACUUCAGAGGAGUUGAACUUGAAAGAUGGGGAUGAGUUAGAUGCAAUGCGACACCAAGAAGGAGGUGCUAGAGCCUAGUGUAGGUGAAGGUGUAUCAUACCUUGUUAAUGUGUAUCAAACCGUAUUUGGCUUAUGUGAUUCAUAUGCUAGGAGUUGUGAUUUCAGUGUGCAAAAUUGUGACUUUUGUCAUUGGCUGAGAACUUCAAUAGGUAAGGUAAUCCCACAUCUUUAUAUUAUGUAUCACCUUCUCUUGUCUUUCCUAUAUACGCAGCUCUUUGUCCCUUCAUCUUGUGCAAGAACUGGGGGUGUAAAAGAUCGG